UAAUUUCUUGAAGAACGGCGCCUCAUGUUCUUAGAUCCGUUCAUCUGUGCAUCUUGCUGCUAUGUUUUAAGUUGGUUUGUUGUGAUUUCUACGGUCUAGUCUAACGUGUACCGUAUUUUUUCUGUGGACAACAGCACCGAUCCGAGCAUAUGGCGGCGCCCCGUGAGAUCACGCACACCGUUCUCGGCAUCAUAGGUGGAUACACGGAGCUUACUUGGAUCUUUACCUUACGAAUGCUUAAACGAGCACAUAGCUUAGUUUUUCUUUUGAUGGAACACAGAGCUUAAUUUUGGUGUUUGCGUUGUUGCAGGCGUUCUGACUUCCGCCACCGGAUACACGGUACCCUGGUACGCAACUCGUCUUACAACCCUUUUUCUAGAUCUGGCCCGGCCCUAGGGCAGGCAUCUUGGGCUUUUUCGUGAGUGUAUGUAUGUAAAUCUGCUCAGGCCCUUGGGCCGUUAGUAUCCAUCCUCGCUCGAAGAGAAAAGUUCCCCUAAAAAAAAGGGGGGAAAUAUCCUCGCUCCUCUCCCUCCCCUCCCAAUGCCUCUGCCUUUGCUCGCCUCCUUUCCCGCCGCUCGAGCACCGUCGAUCCGCCGCGGGGUCGCCGCCGUUGAUCUUCUUCGGCCAGGUUCAGCCGCUCGCCCCUGACAUCAACGGAGAAGCCGUCUUGCCGACCCCGUGCCAACCCGGUGAUGUUUGUUUGGUUACUGCAAUCGAUUUGCAAUACAAGCAUACACACAGAUUUAAUUUGACGUGUGUUCACGACGAUGGCGGACUUGAAGAGAAAUGAGCACGUUGGAGAGCGCUCUGUGUUUCCUUACCUGACCGCUCUAGUCAACUGCGCCCUUUGGCUUUGCUACGGCAUCUCACCAAUGGGUAGCAGUCUCAUAAUUGUGAUCAAUGUGUUCGGGGCUGCAUGGGAGAUCUAUUACAUUUACACAUUCCUGUACUUCUGUGAGGAAGAUCAACGUCCGUGGGGAUUCAUUUAUGUGUGGUUCGGAAUCCUUAUUGUUUUUCUAGCAGAUAUGGCAAAAUACAAGUUAUUCUUCAGCUGGGCCUGCGCCCUGUGUGGCAGUUUGGUAUCGGUUUCCCCUCUGUUCAACUUGGGGACUGUGCGUCGGCAGAAGAGCAUGGACUCGAUGCCACCAUUGCUUCAAGUGGUGUUGUCUUUGGCGAACACAACGCUCUGGGCUGGAUACGCCUACAUGGCUGAAAAAUGCGACAAUUUCAUCUUUUACCCAAGCUUGGUAGGAUUCUCCUGCGCUGUUAUCCAGUUGGUUCUUCACAUCGCCUUGAGGCAGCACGGUGACUCUGAGUUGGACGAGGCGCUUGUGUAGGUGGCGCGGCAUCCGGGAUGACACAUGAAUGUGAAGAACUGCAGCAGGAUAUUUAACUCAUCAUCUAUCCUUUUGUUAUAUAUCUAUAUGGCAUUGUUGGCAUGUUAUGAAGUGUCUGCAUGAAGAACAUAGACAUGCAAAUUGGAGCAGCUCGUGCGAUAUCUAAACAGGAUGUCACUUAUUUUUGCCUUCUGAUGAUUACACCGUGAAUUUGAGUCAGUCUGGUUAAACUGACGGGAGUUGUAGUUAGCUGUAGAAGUAGCUGAGUGCCCCUCCUCUUUCUGGCCUUGUGCCUACAUUUAUUGUUCUCCAACUCCGGUAAAAGAGUUUCUUUUGGCCUUGUGCUCUA